AUCGUGAGAAGCACAAAUGAUGAUCCAAGCUUGGCAAGCGGAGUCUACGUUGAACUACCACCUUCCACUCCCGAAAAUUGCAACCAAACCAAAAAAAAGAACAACAACAACGUUAACAACUUCAAACCUCUCAUCAAUUCUCUCCUCCAUUCCCCCAAAGCUUCCCUUUUCUCUUUUAAUUCCACAUCCAAAAAAAAUUAAAAUAAAAAUUCCUCAAAAAAUCUCUUGCUCUCUUCCCACGAUUGAGGAGGGAAAUUAAGGUAAUUGAUAAAUGAUGCAGCCAACGGAGAACAAGAAUGGGGAAAUCAUGAAUUCCGCUAGUUUUUCCAGUCCAAAGAGCCCCAUUGAAUCGGUUUCCAGCCCGGAUCGUCUCUCCAGAUGUACAAACACAGUGAAUGACAGAGGAACAUUUCCGGCCGACCAAGUUUCCAACGACAUUGAUAGAAUCACCGACGCCCUCCUGAAUUCUAACGAAAAUGCAGCGGCUGAGGUCCCGUCGGAUACUGUGGAGAUAUUCUCCAAGAUUAUCGAAUCCAGAAUUGCAUCCUCCAGGAACCAGAAUCCUGGAUCUAAUAAUCAUAAGAUGACGGAGGAAGAUUCGUUUUUCUUUGAAGCCGUUGUCCGUUUGUCCAAGCUGACAAAUGCAUUCAGCGAGCUUUCGUCGUCGUCGAUGUCGUCGGCGGUUAUUACUUCUGAUUCAUUAAACAGGACAAGCUCUGUUUUACAGAAGGCCAUGGCUUUCCUGGAGGAAGAAUUACGUGCCCUGUUAGAGGAUACCCAAUGCAGGGAAUCCAACGGUAAUACUAAUUUUUGUUUGAUCAGGGAAUCCUCUGAUCAAUCAUCCCCUGUUGCUGAGAUGAAUGAUAAUUCUGAUCUUCCGGGGUAUCCGCCGGAUGUGGUGACCAAGAUGGGACGGAUUGUUUCGACAAUGAUUUCCGGCGGAUACGAUAAGGAAUGUUUCCAGGUUUACUCGAUUGCGCGGAGGACUCUGUUUCAGGAGCAAUUGAAGAAGCUAGAGCACGAGAAGCUGAACAUGGACGACGUAUGGCGGAUGUCAUGGGAUUCCCUGGAGAAAGAGAUUAACCGGUGGGUCAAAAUGGUGAAGACUUGCUCGGAAACACUCUUCCCCGCCGAGAAAAAACUCGGGGAGAUGGUGUUUUCCGAUCAUCCCAUGAUUUUCACGCCGAUUUUCAGUAACCUGGCGCGUUCCGUGGUGAUUCAGCUCCUGGAUUUCGCCGGCGCGGUGGCGAUGACGAAGAGAUCGGCUGAGAAGCUGUUUAAAUUUCUGGAUAUGUACGAAACCCUCCAGGAUGUGAUUCCGGCAAUCAGUACCGCUGGCUGUACUGAAAGUGAAAAUUCCGAGCAUGAAUUGAAAUCAGAAAUCAGUGCUGCCUGCGACAGACUCGGGGAGGCGGCCAUGAAUAUAUUCCUGGAUUUGGAGAAUUCCAUAAAAAACGAUGUCGCCAAAACCGCCGUCCCCGGCGGAGCAGUCCAUCCGCUGACCCGUUACGUCCUGAAUUAUCUGAAAUACGCUUGCGAGUACAAAUCAACGUUAGAGAAAAUCUUCCAGAAAUCUCCGGAUAAUUUGGAGCAAUCCGAAAGUCCGGAUGAUCAUCACCCGGGUGACCCGAACCCGAAACCAUUUUCCGACCAGAUUGUGAAGGUAAUGGAUCUGCUGGACGGCAACAUCGAAGCCAAAUCAAUGCUCUACAGAGACCCAUCUCUCCGGUACGUUUUCUUGAUGAACAACGGCCGUUACAUCCUCCAGAAAGUGAAGGGCUCAGCCGAGAUCCACCAGGUGAUGGGAGACAACUGGUGCCGGAGGAGGUCAACGGUGGUGAGGCAAUACCACAAGAAUUACCAACGGGAGACGUGGGUCCGGCUGCUGCAUUGCCUGAAUCACGAGGGGUUGAUGGUCAACGGGAAGGUCAACAAGCCGCUAUUGAAAGAACGGCUGAAGAAUUUCAACACUAUGUUUGAUGAAAUUGUCAAGACGCAGAACACUUGGGUGGUGAGUGACGAGCAGCUUCAGUCGGAGCUCCGGGUUUCGAUAUCGGCGGUGGUGAUUCCGGCGUACCGGUCGUUUUUAGGGAGGUUUAGGCAACAUCUAGAUAGUUCAAAGCAAGCCGAUAAGUAUAUCAAGCAUCAACCUGAGGAAUUGGAGGGACACAUUGAUAAGCUUUUUGAAGGUGUUGCUAUUUCAAUGGCUAGGAGAAGAACAUAAUCAAAAUCGCCUCCUUGCUUUUACCUGUGUAAUUUUCUUGGGGCAUUUGAUUCGUCUCCAAAUUUAUGGCUACGCAUUUUCAGGUUUCCAUAUUUUGUGAUUUCGGGUUUGAGAUUUAUACGUUUUGGUGUAAUUUGGAUGUAGUUAUUAAGUCGAUUCUCUUUGUGCAUGUACGUAGAGCAAGUUGGAGAUAACGUGAAAUUUAAUGUAUAGGGUGCAUAGGAUGCAAAAGAUUAUACACAUUUUGUCGAUCAAAUGGUGUAAAAUUUAGUACAG